AUUUAUAUCCGUCUAUGUACACAUAACCCUACCUUCUUCAUUCACUUCUUCUUACUCUGAUCUCUUAAUUUUCUGCAAUACCUCUAAUGGAGAAUAACAAUUACUCAUCAUCUUCUUCAAUGUCCCCUUUCUCAAAUACUACAAGUUCUGCACCGUUAUCGUUGGAGGAUCAGGCACAAUAUCUUUUUUCAGCAAACUUGACCGGAGGCGGCGGAUUCUUGGAGCAGUUGAAGCUAAUGAUGAAUGUGCCGUCUAGUAAAAGUGAUGCUGCUGAUCAUGACGCUUCUACCAAGAGUUGUAGCAGCGACGAGAAUGGGUCGAUCCAUAAAUUAGCAACUGCAACAAAUGAUUAUGAUUCUGCAGAAAAAUCCAUUACUACUAACACUACAAGUACUAGUACAACAACAAAUGAUGAUAGCCGUGGUCAAAUUAAGGAGGAGAAGAUCAAGAAGAAGAUAAAGAAGGCCAAAUAUGCUUUUCAAACGAGGAGUCAUGUUGACAUACUUGAUGAUGGGUAUAGAUGGAGAAAGUACGGCCAAAAAUCUGUCAAGAACAACCUCCAUCCAAGAAGCUACUACAGAUGCACGCACCAAGGGUGCAACGUAAAGAAGCAAGUCCAGCGCCUAUCAAGAGAUGAAGGGAUUGUGGUGACAACUUAUGAAGGGAUGCAUUCUCAUCCAAUCCAAAAGUCUACUGAUAACUUUGAGCAUAUCUUGAAUCAAAUGCAAAUCUACCCUCACUUCUAGAUAGAUUUUUUACUUGGUCGUGCAUCAAUAAUCGUUUCUUUUAUUGUAAAUUAUUACGAUAAUCAUAAUUAUUGUAUUUAAAAUCAAUACAUUACAAAAUGAUGUAAUAAAUUUACAGCAACAAAUAAAUUUAUCUGUUUGCUUGUUGGUCUCGAUCGAAAAGCGAACAACAUACUUCA